AGGCCAAAAACUAAUUUCCAACGACAGCCUUCAACUCCCAGCAAAACGUUAUCCUAUCGAACACCACAAAUUACUUCUAGACUCCCAAAAGCUUCCCUCAUUUCCCACCUCACAAAAAACCAUGGCAACCCUUCGUUUCACUCCAUCUCCUUCCUCCAUCCUCACCAGACAGAAACUACCCACCGAACUCUCUUCAUCUGAACUCAACUACAAAGCUGCCAGAUCCUUGAAGACUGUAGUUAGGUCUUACAAAGUGGUGAUUGAGCAUGAAGGUCAAUCCACAGAGCUGAAGGUGGAACCGGAUGAGACCAUACUAUCCAAGGCAUUGGACUCUGGAUUGACUGUGCCUCAUGAUUGCAAACUUGGGGUGUGCAUGACUUGCCCAGCAAAGCUAAUAAGUGGCUCUGUUGAUCAGAGUGAAGGUAUGCUCAGUGAUGAUGUGGUGGAGCGCGGGUAUGCACUGAUCUGCGCAGCCUAUCCAACGUCAGAUUGUCACAUUAGGCUUAUUCCCGAAGAGGAGCUGCUGUCACUGCAACUAGCAACAGCUAAUGACUAAAUGCUUUGUGCCUAAUGUUUUAAGUGAGGAUUUUUGUUAUCUCAUGUUGAAUCAGAGUAUAAUCUUUAUCAUACGCUUAUUUUGCAAUAGAAUGCUGAAUAGAUUUGUCAAAAUUUGGAUCA